AUGAGUAUAGAAAUUCCUGAAGGACUGACGGAGCUGUUACAGAGCUUUACCGUGGAAGUUUUGAGGAAUCAGCCCAGGGAUUUGCUCGAGUUUGCAUUACAGUACUUCACCCAGCUGAAGGACAGUGAGACCAAAGAGGCCUCAUUUGGCAAUGACCAAAAUUCGGCCCCAAGACCUGGAAAAGCGGUCAAUUUCAUUGACGAAGCCAUGCAGAUCGAUUCGGAAAACGGAGAGGAGGAGGACGACGACGAGGAGGAAUUCAUAGCCCCAGUAAUAAACAGAUUCAUCAGAAGAGCAUCAGUGUGUGCUGAAGCAUUCAAUCCUGAUGAAGAUGAGGAGGAUAAAGAGCCAAGGGUCACCCACCCAAAAACCGAUGACCAGAGACAGAGACUACAGGAAGCUUGUAGGGACAUUCUUCUGUUCAAGAAUUUGGAUCCGGAAGAGAUGUCUCAGGUGCUGGAUGCCAUGUUUGAGAAGUUCUGCACAGAAGGGGAGCACAUCAUUGAUCAAGAUGAUGAUGGGGACAAUUUUUAUGUCAUUGAAAGCGGGACGUUUAACAUUUUCAUGAAGGUUGAUGGCACAGAGAAGCUGGUGGGCUGCUAUGACAACAGAGGCAGCUUUGGAGAACUAGCAUUGAUGUACAACACCCCCAGGGCAGCCACAAUAAUCGCCAUCUCGCCUGGAGCCCUUUGGUGCCUAGAUCGUCUGACAUUCAGGAGGAUCAUAGUGAAGAACAAUGCCAAGAAGAGGAAGCUGUAUGAGGCAUUCAUAGAAACGCUACCACUGCUUACAUCAUUAGAGCUCUCAGAGAGAAUGAAGGUUGUAGAUGUGCUAUCCACCAAGGUGUACAACGAUUCACAGCAGAUUAUUGCUCAGGGUGAUUUAGCAGAUUGCUUCUACAUUGUCGAGUCUGGCCAAGUUAGAAUCACCAUGAAAAGAAGUAGGACGAAAAAAGACCAGGUGGAAGAGGAGGUGGAUAUAGCCACAUGCUCUAGGGGCCAGUAUUUUGGGGAGUUGGCGCUUGUCACAAACAAGCCCAGAGCUGCAUCGGCAUAUGCUGUGGGGAGUGUCAAAUGCUUGGUCAUGGAUGUCAAAGCCUUUGAGAGAUUGCUGGGCCCAUGCAUGGACAUCAUGAAGAGAAACAUUGCUAACUAUGAGGAACAGCUGGUCACCCUGUUUGGAAGUAGUCCUGAGAUUGAGCAACAAAGUGCAUGAGUCGGUUCCAAUGGACCAUGAAUCAGUGGAUAAAAAAAAGAGGCUUGUAUGGAUGUUUUUCCCCAUAACCACUUAAAUGGCUUUUCUUAAAGAAAUGUGAAUACUCACUAUGAUAUUUGUGUAUCAGAUAAGUAAAACAGACUUCAUCAGAUUCCCAUAUGAGACAAAGUUCAUUUUAACAGAGUUUUCCACAGUGUUAUGACUAAAGUAAGCCAAAGCAGAGUUGCUUAAAGCUUGUUAAAAUUAGAUUUCUCAUGACUCUCACCUUAAAAAUGUAAGUGUACAUUUUGUCAGUGUCGGAUGCAUUAUUUGUUUGUAUACUGAACACUUUUGUUAACUCUCACCUUAUAUCCAUAGUGUUAUAAUUACACCUACAGUAUAAUAUCCUUUGUAAAUUUCUAAACAUUGUUUGUUAAAACCAGAUGCCAAAGCUAAUUUCUUACAGGAUAAUUGCGAGCAAAUAUGUCACGUUCUCUUGUCAAUUUUUGGCGAGAGCACUAACACUUGCAGCAUGAGGUGAACUGGUAGAGGGGCACCCCAACAUGAGAAAAGAUAAACAAUUUGUAAAGGAAGUUAUAUUAAUUCUGUGUUUGAAUAACAUCUUUCACAUUUUGAUCACAACAGAAUGUAGACUUGGCAGUACUAUAACAUUUUUACAAAAUACAUUUUUCUUUAUCA